AUGGGGAAUGAGAUUAAGAUUCCAGAAGAGAGUUUCAAGUAUACGGUACUACUGUUACGUGAGGCUGUUGCUGACCUCCACUCUCCCUUUUCUCUCUCUGCGAAGAAUGAUUUGGUUGGCUGGGUGGACCUGGGUGGAUCGUACGUGGGCCCCACGCAGAACCACAUCCUGCGUCUCGCCAAUGAGCUGCAAGUGGACACGUAUAAGAUAUUCGACGACCUCAAGUUGCUGCACUUCAGCGAGGGCAAGGCGUACCCGUACGAAACCACGUGGGCCCACUUCGGCCUCAACGACCCCCUUGCAUGGUUCGACAUCAACUACGUCAUGCGCAGGAUGGACAUUAUGAUGGAGCAGGUUCCCGCUGUAGAUCCGUGGAACUGUCCCCACGCGGAGGAGUGGGAUGCUAUGACGCUGCAGAGCUUCUUCGAGAAGGAGUCGUGGACGAAGCCUCCGAAGCACCAGCAAACAGGUAGGGUUGAGUUCAACGCCCAAGCAUGUGCCCUUCAGCAAGACGAGAAUGGCGUCGUCGUGGGUGUCAUCGACGGCAGGGAGUUCCAGGCUGAUUACGUCAUAAUGGCAAUCCCGCCGCCCCUACAGCUGAAAAUUCAUUACGAGCCUCCGCUGUCGCCGCUUCGAAACCAGCUCAUACAACGUACGCCGGUUGGUUCGGCGUUCAAGAUGAACAUUUAUUACCCCAAGCCCUUCUGGAGGGAAGCAGGUUACGGUGGAAUAGCAUCCUGUGCCGACGACAGCUUAGCUUUCAACAUUACCACGGACGACUGCAGACCUGGAUUAUCCCUGGCGGCCCUCACAAUAUUUGCCAUCGGUGACAAAGCCUUGAGGCUGCAGGAACUGCCGAAACAGGUCAGGCCCAAAGUCAUCGCUGCAGAUUUGGCGAGGGCCUUCGAACACGAAGCAGCCUACAACCCUGUACACUUCGAAGAGAAGAACUGGCUCGAGGAACAGUACUCGGGCGGUUGCUACGUGUCCACUUUCCCGACAGGGGUCAUGAGCAAGUACGGAAAGACCCUGCGGGAACCGUUCGGCCGAGUGUACUUCGCGGGCACGGAGACGGCAACGGCGUGGCCUGGCUACAACGGUGCUGUGCAGGCUGGCGAGAGGGCUGCCAGGGAGGUCUUAUGUGCAAUGAAGAUUCUACGGAAAGAUGAAAUCUGGGAGGAAGAACCAGAAUUCAAGGGUGUGAAGGCGCGGCCAUUCGAGAUGUCCUUCUUGGAGUGGCAUCCCCCUCACGUGCUCCUUGUCGGGUCUACGGGAGCCUUCGCCGCAUCCAGCGUUGCUUGUGUGGUGGGCUACUGCGUAUGGAAGGCAGUCACCGCCAUGCGGAGCUCAUAGACCAUCCAGCUGAGAAGCAUUCUCAAAUGCGUACGGGUUCUUCCUCAGAAGGGCCUUAUCCACAGAUGGCGAAUUCACCGCUGAAUAUGCACUACCGCAGAGCA